UUCUCCCGGCGUCCCGGCCGCUGACAACGGAGCGGCGCAGCCGUGGGACGGCUCGCAAGAUGGCGGCGCCCCUGGACAUGGAGCCCUCCGCUCUUAGUCUGGAGCUGCUGCCGACCGACCCGCUGCUGCUCAUCCUCAGCUUCCUCGAUUACCGGGAUCUGAUGAGUUGCUGCUAUCUAAGUCGAAGAUUAAAUCAGCUAUCAAGCCAUGAUCCAUUGUGGAAAAGACAUUGCAAGAAAUACUGGCUUAUUUCAGAAGAGGAAAAAAGCCAACGAAAUCAGAGCUGGAAAGCCAUCUUCAUCAGUACCUACUCUGACCUGGGAAGAUACAUCCAAUACUAUGCUACAUUGAAAAAAGCCUGGGAUGACCUGGAAAAAUACUUGGGACAGAGGUGUCCUCGGAUGAUUGGUUCUUUGAAAGAGAGUGUGCAGGAGGAAGAUCUGGAUGCUGUGGAAGCACAAAUAGGUUGCAAACUCCCUGAUGACUAUCGGUGUUCUUUUCGUAUUCAUAAUGGACAGAAGCUCGUUGUUCCUGGUUUGAUGGGAAGCAUGGCACUGUCAAACCACUACCGCUCUGAAGACUUGCUGGAUAUCGACACAGCAGCUGGAGGUUUUCAGCAGAGGCUAGGCCUGAAGCAGUGUCUUCCUCUUACUUUCUGCAUUCACACUGGCCUGAGUCAAUACAUGGCCCUGGAGAGUGUGGAGGGACGAAAUAAAUACGAGAUCUUCUAUCAGUGUCCUGACCAAAUGGCUCGCAACCCAUCUGCUAUUGAUAUGUUCAUUACAGGUACAUCUUACUUGGAAUGGUUUACAUCCUAUGUAAACAAAGUUGUAACUGGAGGUUAUCCUAUCAUCAGAGACCAGAUUUUCAGGUAUGUCCAUGAUAAAGAAUGUGUUGCUACAACUGAAGAUAUUACUGUUUCUGUGUCCACAUCUUUUCUACCUGAACUCAGUUCUGUACAUCCACCACAUUAUUUCUUCACUUACAGAAUCAGAAUUGAAAUGUCCAAAGAUGCUCUUCCUGAAAAGGCUUGUCAGCUGGACAGUCGAUACUGGAAAAUAACAAAUGCCAAAGGUGAUGUAGAAGAAGUUCAGGGUCCUGGAGUAGUUGGGGAGUUUCCCAUUAUCAGCCCAGGGAAAGUCUAUGAAUAUACCAGCUGUACUACGUUUUCCACAACAUCUGGAUACAUGGAGGGCUAUUACACCUUUCAUUGCCUCUACUACAAGGACAAAUUCUUCAAUGUCACAAUUCCUAGAUUCCAUAUGGUGUGUCCAACAUUCAAGGUGUCUACAGCACGAAUGGAAACAAAUCACAAUGAAUAUGCAGUGGAUGAAGACGAAGAUUCCACAGACACUGAUGAAUACGAAGAUCGCCGCAGGGUGUUGGACAUUCCUGCGCCUGGUGGACGCUGCCCACGUCACACCUGAUGGGCUCUUUAACAGAACAAAAUAAACUGGUUUCAGAAGCUGAACUCUUUGGGGCUAGUGCAUAAGAAUAUUUCUGACUGUUGUAAAUGGAAUUCCUGUUGCACAUCAGGACAACUAGCAUGAAUGUUGGUGCCAGUUCUAAUAUUCAUCAGAGUUUAACUUGGUUUCUUCUCCUGGUUUGGAAGGGGAAAGAUGGGGAGGGAGGGAGGGAGGGACAGGCAAAGAAGGUGUUUGGGCUUUGUUCACUUUUUUCCCAGGGUACAAAAUAGCUUGAUAAUCUGAGGUAAUCAUAUCUUACAUUUUUAAACUAUUGCCUAUUUAUGAUCAUAUUGCAAAUACAGGUGUGGGGGUUUGGUUUUAUACAAGCAUUUAAAAUUAGCAAUAGACAAGAUGGCAAAAAAGGUGAGUUUCUACUCUUAAUAACUCCUGCUAAGGAUAAAACUUGCAGUUUGCUCUUGAGAUCAGGUGCUCUUCCACUCUUUUUGUUUAUUAGCAUAGAAGUACCAGAAAAUUCUGGUCAUCAGGUACAUAAAUGAGGAAUGAAACUGGCCUUAUUUUUAGACAAUCUGUCUUUCAACUUCAUUUUAUGCUGAGUGACUCUGACUGGAUAAUGCCUUUUUGGAAUGUAGUGUAUGUGCAUAAGCUGCCACUGGGUACCCAAGGAAUUUCUCAGUGAACUACAAAGUAUGAAUUUGUAAAUAUGUUUUGAGGUUUUUCUUUAUAAAAUAUUUGCUGUUCAGACUUUGUCAUAGGUGUCAAAUUUGUGUUGAAUUAUCACGUUUCCCUCGAUCCUCUCUGGAGUUUUGUAACUACGCCUAAAUAAAAAGGAGAAAAGAGGAAGAAAAGGGGAACCUGACAGAACACUAGAUGAUUAGAAACUUUCUAUUUAAAGAAGUAUCUGUUUGCUUUAUCCCUUUUAUUUUGUUUCCAUUGUUAUUAAUAAACAACUUAAUUGCCUCCUUUGCUCUGAA